UGGACUCGAGGCUGGAACUUUUUUGUUUUUGAGUUGCGGUACACACCGGGUAAGGUCAACCUUACACAUGGCAUACCUAGUUCUAUGGACAUUUUGUAUAUAUCGAUUUCACAAUUUUUGCUUUCCAAUACCCAUAUUUUCUUGUCUUGAACAUAGCUGAACAAAUAGCAGUUGCUAUAGCAUUUGCAAAAUGAACCAAGCCACCUCGCUCGUCCUCUCCAAUCUCAUCCCCCGACAUUCUGGCACUCUUCCUCCCGAGCUCCUCAAUUUAACCAGUGCUCUCAUUCAACAAUCGCGCCUGAGAUGUUCAUUAAGUCAGGAGCAAGAAAUUGGGAGGGUAUAUGCUUGUGCCAAUCUUGCUUGCGAACGGUUUGUUCUCUUGCUUAUUACUCACUUACCAUUGGUCGUUUACUAAAUUUUAAGACAGUCUUAAAAUAUCAUUGAAUCUUCCCAAGAUCGAACCCCGACCCCCGGUUCCCCCGAAAGUUUAUAAAAAACUAUAUGCAUAUAUUGAAGAUACGCUAGCUAAUGCGACGCCGAAGAAACGACCGAGAGUUGAAGGAAGUGAGUUUGGAAACGGGAAUGGAGAUGCGACUCCAAGCAGGAAAUCAUCAUUAGCACAAUCCGCGAAUAAACGCACACCAGGUCGAAAUGAUACCCCAAUAAAAACUAUUCUUCCCCUUCCCCAACGCAGCACACCUUCUAAAUCCAAAAGUCUGGUAAGUUUCCGCACCCCGAAAAAAGGAUUACGGCAUGAGAAAAGAGAUGAGACGAAGAUACCACGAUGGGUUGGUACAGUAGGUAGAGAACUGUGCCGGGAAAUUGGGAUGGAAGAAGCGACACCUCAUGUGUUGGCUGGUGUGGAAAGUUUAAUUUUUUGGGAGGAAGAGAAGGAGAGGAGAAGGGAAGAGACGAUUGGAAAGUGGCCGGCGUUAAUGAUGGCAGUUUGGGUUAUUGUCUGGGGAAAACUGACGGCGGGUGGGGAGCUGUUGAAUGACGAGGAUUUUAAAGAAAAUAGGCUCAAGGCGUUGGAGGUGUUAAGGUCGACGAGGAAGGACACAGAGGUGGUGAGGAAGGUUGGGACGGGAGGAUGGGAGGGGUGGGAUUUACCGGAUGAGGGCGAGGAAGAUGAGGAUGAGGUGGAGAGGAGCAAUGAGAAAGAAGUCAAUAUUUGGAUUGCCGAGAUUGCUAAAAAAGGGUGUUUGGAAAUGGACUGGUAUCAAAAUUUAGUCAAGGCAGACGCUCCAGACGACACAGAUGAAGAUCGGGAAAGAGAAGAUGCUCUAGAUGGAAUUGAAAGAGCGCUGGUCCGAGAAGACGAAAUGAGAUAUGGGCUUGGUACAAUGCGACAAAAGAAAGUGGAUUAUUUGACAGAGCAGAGGAGAGCCGAGUACAAAGCGUGGAAAAAUAAUAUAUUGGCUAAGAUUGCCAGGCUAGAGAAAGAGAGGAAGAGUAGAGAUGUAAUGGAGAUAAAUGCAUAGCGAAAGUGUUCUUUCACUUAGAAUUGAUACCCUUAAUGGUGUCAUAAUGGCUGCUAGGACUUUUUUAGAUCAAGUUCAAUAUUUGCAAAUUUUCAAGCCUUCCAAAUUCAUAUUUCUCAU